AUGGCGCCGCGGCCCGAGUCCUACGGCGGCGGGUUCCUGGCGCUGGUCGCGGCGCUCGCGGCGUCGCGCGUCGUCGGCGUCGUCGCGGAAUCGCGAGCGGGCCCCGCGUCCGACGGCGACGUCCUCGCGACGGACGGCCUCACGGGCGAGGCGCGCGACGGCGAUCUGGAGGCCCAGCUCGUGUUUCUGGUGUUGGGCGCCCUCGCCGCGGGCGCGUGGCACGCCGCGUGGACGUCCGCGGUCCGCGCGGAGGCGCGGCGGGUCGUCGACGCGCCGCCGCCGGCGAACGUGUCGGCCUGCCUCGCGCUGGUGGCGGGCGCGCUCCUCGCGCCCUACGCGGCGCUCCUCGAGGGGCCCGAGGCCGCGGCCUGGUGGCGCGGGCUCGACGGCGCGGCGCGCGUCGCCGCCGCGCGCGCGCUGCUCCUCGCGGCCGCGGCGUCGGGCCUCAAGCGCGAGCUCGUCGCCCACGCGCUCCGGGCCCUGUCGCCGACGGCGGGGGCCCUCGCCGUGGCCGCGCGCAACGUCGCCAUCGCCCUCGCGUACCGGGACCCCGGGCGCAUGGCCUUCCUCGCGCGACAGCGCCACGUCACGGAGCGCAAGACGCGCUGGAGCGUGCCCCAGGUCGAGGAGGCGCUCCGCGUGCGCCUCGUGACGAACCGCGUGAUGGCGCGGCGCGCGUUCCGCGCGCUGGACCUCGACGGGUCCGGCAGCCUCUGCCAGGUCGAGAUCCGCAAGCUGCUGCACCUCUUCAACAUCGAGCUCACGGACGGCGACUGGAAGAAGUGCUGGGCGUGGAUGGACAUGGACGGGAGCGGCGCCCUGGACAUCAACGAGUUCUUCGUGCGCUUCGGCAGCGACCACGGCACCAUGCUCUCCAUCGGCGACGAGCUCAAGCACCUCUCCGCCGACGGGGUGCCGCCGAAGAAGAGCCCCCGGCGGCCGUCGGAGCCGAAGAGCCAGGGCGCGCCCGUGCCGCGGUGCGCGCCGGCUCAAGUUCGCAAGAUGCUCGCGGAGCACGUGCGCCUGUCGACGCGCACCUGGGCCGGCGCCUUCCGGGCCAUCGACGCCGAGGGCUCCGGCCGCGUCGACGCGCGCCAGUUCCGCGCCGUGCUCGAGAAGUUCAACAUGGUGUUGCACGACGUCGACUUUGGCCGGUUCUGGCGCGAGAUCGCGGGCGACGACGGCUUGGUGGACUACAACAUGUUCCUCCAGGCGACCCACGACGACGAGACCCUGGGCUGCCGGCCGCGCGUGCGGAGCGCCAAGGACGACCGCUACGCGCACCGCAUGGACCGGCUGAUGGAGGAGCUGCGGAAGAAGAAGCCCGCGGUCGUCACCAAAGUCCACCCGGACUACGUCGCGUCGACCUGCGAGGACGGCCACAUGGGCGCCUUCGUCGGCACGGGCCUCUGCGGCGAGUACGAGCGCAUGUGCAUGGCCGCGCGCGCGCCGAACCACGCGUCCUCGUCCGGCGAGGACGCCGCGCGGCUCUUGCGGGAGAAGUUCCGCACGGGCAGCGGCAAGGUGCGCAAGUGGUUCCGGGACAUCGACCAGGACGGGUCGGGCUGCAUCCAGGCCGACGAGAUCAAGCGCCUCCUGCGGUCGUUCCUCAUCAACGUCUCCGACGACGAGUUCGUCAAGAUGCUCCGCUUCGCGGGCUUCGCGCCGGGCGAGCGCGUCAACUUCGACCGCUUCCGCAAGGCCUUCGGCGGCGACAUCGAGCAUCUGCACGAGGGCGGCGGCAUCGACUGGGGCGUCUGCGAGAUCUCCGAGGAGUCCGCGAAGAAGCUCGGGUAUUUGCACGUGAAGGACCCGACGGUGACGGUGCCCGAGGACGCCAAGGGCCCGGCGCCCGAGGCGGGCGACGAGGACGAGGCGCCCCUCCUCGCCGCCGAGCCGCCGCCGGAGCGGCUGCCGUCGCCGGACUCCGUGCUCGCGACGCCCGCGCCGCUGGCCGACGACGCGGGCGCGCGCCGCGUCUGGGAGCCCCCCAAGAGCCGCGGCGCGACGCCGGACCAGCGCCGGCCGGCGUCCGCCGGCGCGCGGCCCGCGUCCGGCGCGUCGUCCGGCGCGCCGCGCCGGCCCGCGCCGCCGCGGCCCAAGUCCGCGGGCGCGCUGCGCCCUCCGGGCGACGCGCCGCUCGCGAGGCCGGCCAAGCACGCGCCCCACAAGGGCCCCGUCGUCAAGCGGCCGGCGUCCGCCGGGUCCCAGCGCCCGGGCUUCGGCCGCACGCUCGCCGACGCGGCGACCCGGCCCCAGUCCGCGCGGCCGCACCGGCCCGCGCGCCGCGCGCCACUGCCGCGGUUCCCCAACUCCGAGGCCGCGGAGCGCGCGCGCACGGUCGCCAUGGUCGCCGCGUCCAAGCCCGACGCGACGCCCGCGUCCGUCGCCGAGGCCGUGCUCAAGGCCACGGUCGAGCAGGCGCCCCUCGACCGGCCCUCGGGCUUCACGGACGGCUCGCGGUCCGUCUUCUCCGGGCCUUCCAAGCGCAGCGCGGCCAGCUCGAAAAAGUCGAUGCGCUCCUUCGCCUCGGCGGCGUCGCGCCGCGUCUACGAGCCCGUCGGCCUGCCCUCGCCCCAGCACCUCCGGAACCUCGCUUCCAAAAAGCACCAGUUCGACAUCGUCGGCAACCGGCUCGAGCUCAAGUCGACCCGGCCCCCGGAGCGGCGCGCGAAGAAGCAGCCCGGCGCGUCGGGCACCCUCCUCUUCGCCGGGAACAAGCACCACCCCCAGGGCGCCUGGUGGGACGGCAUGAUCAAGGAGCUCUGGCAGCCCAACUGUCACUGCGUAGCUGCGCAUUGCAUGGCCUCGGACGCGGCGCCCCUGGUCGGCAUGGAAAUCGCACCGGCGGAGAAGGUGUCGGGCAAGGCGCCGGCGACGCUCCCGGCGACCGCGCCCUCGAAGAAGACGAUCCAUUUCGUCGCCGCCUUCGUCCUCGUCGCGGCGCUGACGGCCUGCGUCGGCGUCCUCAUCGCAGGCGGCGGCGGCGGCGGCGGCGGCGGCGGCGGCAGCAGCAGCACCGUGGUCGGCACCGACGACGGCGAGUACUGGACCUGCUCCGACGACCCCUACUGUUGCGCCGAGGAGGGCGGUACGUGCGCUUGCUCCGAAUACGCCGCCUACGGGAGCAACGGACUCGCGCGCGCGGCGUCCGCUCGAGACCCCCCCGAUUGGGAGGGCUACAAUCCCAUGUGGACCUACUCGAGCUAUGAUCCGACGAGCAUCGCGUGCGACCAGGCGUCGUUCGGCGGAGACCCAGCGUCGGGUUACUCGAAGUGGUGUCGCUGCGUCGACGAGGCCGCGGAGUCGACGACCUCGUCCGGCACGCGCGCGUCCGAGUGCACGACCUCGUCCGAGUGCUGGAACUGCGCCGACGACCUCGGCUGCUGCGCGAACGAGGGCGGCGAGUGCGCGUGCGACGGGGACUGGGCGUCCUUCGGGAGCAACGGCAACGACUGGGAUUCGAACGCGGAGCCCAUGUGGAACACGGUUCACAUCCUUUCGCUCAAGGACGCCGACGGGGCCGUGACGUGCAACGCGGCGACCUUCGGCGGCGACCCGGCACCGGGAUUCAGCAAGUGGUGUCGCUGCGCGGACGGCCAGCCGACGGCGCCGCCGACGCCGGCCUUCUCCUGCCUCUGCUUCGAGGACGACGGCGACGGGUGCACGGUCGUCGGCGCGCCGGCGCCCGCGCCGACGUUCGCGUACUCGCAAAAAGACUGCUCCGAGCAGGGCUACGCGUUCGACGUCGUGACGCGGACCUGCCAGCCGGACGUCCCCGUCAAGGACCGCGGGUGCUACCCGCGGGCGAACUGCGACGCGGACUACGCGGCGCGCUUCUGCGACUCCAUGACCUGCAUCCCGCAGGGCUUCGAGCAGGAGUGCGCGGGCAUGGCCGAGUUCAGCGGCCACGGCCCGAAGCCGAGCCUCUCCCGCUCGGACAUGUUCGACACCGACGGCUCCACGGGCGGGCAGUCGGCGACGUUCGCCGACCUGGCGCAGACGACGCGCGAGUACUACGGCCUCACGAUGUACACGCGCAUUUUACGGGUGGUGGAGCGCGAGGUCGGCGAGCCGAUCACGACGUCGACGUCGAGCAUGGCGCAGUUCGGCUACCUCGGGCAGUGGAUCGCGCCUUUAGCGCGGACGAAGUACGCGACGGACUCGCUCUCGCACGCGUCGGGCAUGGCGUCCAUCGAGGGCGGCGUCUACAACAACGUCGCCCUCGGCGCGAGCCGAUUGCCGAAGUACUUGGCCGGCGCGAGCCUCUACUCGUACCAGCCGGUCUCGGACGUCGGCCGCGGCUGGGGCUUCGCGGAGCGCGCCAUCGGCUGCCAGUACCUGGGCCUCGUGACGCUCUCGAACCGCGUGCUCGUGCCCGCGUCGGGCUACGGCUUCGAGGCGACGCAGGACGACCGCGAGGACGACGGCGGCAUCUUCCUCGGCGCGGGCUGGGUCGUGCUGCCCAUUUUUCCCGGCGGCAGCACGAGGGACCGGACGAGCGUGUUCGGCGACGCGUCGUUCGGCGCGACGACGUGGACGCACGUCAUCGACACGGCGCAGUUCUCGGGCCCGCUCCUUGCUUAUGCGCCGGAGUUCUGGACGAGGCGCGUGGAGACGUGGUGCGACCAGACCCAGGCGCACUACGAGGGCACGGGCGAACCCUACGACUUCAACUACCCCGGCGAGGGAUGCGACAGGGAGAUCCUCGGAGACGUCGCCGACGCGUGCUGCGUGAACCCGUCGAUCUACGACACGUUCACGCACAAACCGGGGGACUGGUGGCCCUCGACGGGCGGCGAGUUCCCGGGCCUCCAGGGCGUCUUCGAGGACUACACGGCCAGCGGCGAGGCCCUGCCCGACGACUACACGGGCCCGACGUACUGGAAGAUCCCGCAAAUGCUCUACCCGAACCACACGGAUCUCGAGCCUUGGCAGCUCAACGCGCGGACCUACAACGCGGAUAGCUACGAUCACUGGCUCGAGGUCUUCGCCUACGCCGGCGAGUCCGACGACGAGCUCGAGGCGCUCUUCGCGGGCUUCGACACGCGCCUCAACGGGUCCUACCACAUGGCCUCCGAGGGCGCGAGCUUCGACCUGGGCCUCCGGGCGAACGACCAGGACGUCGUCAAUUACAUGGACAUCGAGUUCGGCUGGAGCUUCGACGAGGAGUACGAGGACGACGCGAGCGGCGACGCCCUGGACCCCGCGGAAACGAACAUCUACGUCGACUGGCAGGGCGCCGAGGACCGCGUCUGGAGCCGCUACCUGAAAACGACGUACGACGAUACGCGGACGCCGCGCGUCGGCACCGAGGGCACGGAGGAGAGCUACUACUGCGCCGUGCCCAUCGACGAGAGCGAGGCGCCCGAGGGCCUCCACGACCUCGAGUACACGCUGCCGCUCCUCGGAAGGGCCAACUACGUCGACCACAGCCACCGCGAGAACGCGACCUUCGAUUACGACGACGCAGACGCCUAUAAUGCCUGGAACGAGACGGAGCAGUGGUGCUGGGACUGCACCGACGCGACCGAGUGCGAGCUCGAGGUCCGCAGCGUCGUCCUCGAGUCGACGGCGACGCUCUACUACCGCUGGUGGCGCUUCCGCGACCAGCCGGCCAUGAAGCAGCUCGCGCACGAGUUCCCGGAAACCUACACGGAGGAGGUCCUCGCGGCCAUGCAGAAGCGCGUCGAGCUCAUGCACGAGCACUGGCAAGAGAAAGAUUUCAUCAAGAAGGCCACCAAGGUCAACCACAAGGUCGAGCUCGACCACCGCCUCAUCCUCGACGUCCCCGACGGCGUGCCCGAGUACGGCUGGGUCCCCAUCUCCGUCGCGGAGCUCUACGAAGACAGCACGGGGUACGGCCCGGGUAUCGACGCCGGGUUCCUCUCCGCGGACUGGUGA